AUGCGGAUUGCAAACACUCCUACUUCCGUCCGGGAUGCGAUCGAGAGCAUGAACCAGUUCACGGACUUCUACCAGGAGCUGAUUGAGAAGAUGGAGGAGGCCUACGGCUUGGCGCAGGGGUUGCCAGCAGUGGUCGAAGGUGAUCAAGGCAUCUACGAGAUUGAGAUCAUGCCCGUAGUACCGCUUGUGCGCAGGGAGGACGGCUCGACCAUGAGGCAGUCCGUGUACGCGCAGAGCGAGGACCAGAACGCUGAAACGACCCACAACCUCUUCACGAACGGAACCACGACAUACAAGGAGUUGGUGAAGGUGAGCCUAAUCGCGUCCCUAACUGAAUUCUACGACGGGAACAAGACGGCAUUAGGAGCCGCAUACAGGCGUUUGGAGAAGAUCAAGACUUUAUUCCCCAGCGCGAACACGAACAUGGUCGAGCUAGCAAUUGAGAUAAUCUCCCAGAGGACGCUAGUGCUUAGAGGCGCGAAUCUGAGCUUGAGCGAAAUGACAGCCUUGGUUGAAUGCCUGGUCGAAGAGAACGAGUCUGGGGUAAUGGACAUAAUAGUGAACGCGAUGAGAAGCAAGACUGACCUCAUUGCCUGCUUCAAGAUCCUAAUUGAGGAGUAG